AUGGCCAACAUAGACAUGUCAAAGAUCAUCAAGCCUUGGAAGCUUGAUGCCCAUACUACAUAUAUUUUCACAAACGCCAAGCUCAUCGACCCCAUUGAAGAGCGAGUAGCCGAAAACGUCACAAUCAAAACAUCUGGAGGAAAGAUUCUCUCUAUAGACACUACCGAAAGUGCAACUCCCAGUACCACCGAUGGAGAAAUCACCAUUGAUCUCAAAGGCAAGCACGUAUGUCCAGGGCUCAUUGACUGCCACGUGCAUAUCGCCGUAGUCCCCGGCGAGGCGAGCCUAAGUGCAUACCGGGACAUGACGGAGAGGAUAAGUCUCAUUCGCCAGCCCUGGGUUUUGAAACCGAUGCUUGAUCGAGGAUUCACUUCCGUCCGCGACUGCGGUGGUGCCACAUUGGCCAUGAAAGAGGCCGUUGAAGAAGGCGUUUGUCUCGGCCCGUAG